GAAGACCUGAAAGAAAACCUAAAAAAGCACACUCACUUUACAAGCUGCUGCAAUGGAGGCGAAAAAGACAAGGGAGUUCGAGCAGUUCGACGUUGUUGUGGACGACUCAGGCCAUCGAUUUCGAGACACAAAGGUUGUGAAGGUCUUCAGCGAUACAAGGAGUGGACUUUACAAAAGGAUCAUGAAAGAGUGGAAGAUUCUUGAGAACAACUUGCCGGAAUCAAUCUACGUGAAGGUGUACGAGCGACGCAUCGACCUAAUGAGGGCUGUGAUCGUAGGCGCCGCGGGCACACCGUACCACGAUGGUCUCUUCUUCUUCGACAUCUUGUUCCCUUCCGAUUACCCGAACCGCCCUCCCAAGCUCUAUUACCACUCCUUCGGAUACAGACUAAACCCUAAUCUGUACAACAACGGAACGGUGUGCCUGAGCCUUCUGAACACGUGGAGCGGGAAAAAGACGGAGAGGUGGGACCCAGGCAACUCCACCAUCCUGCAAGUGUUGCUCUCCAUCCAAGCGCUGGUUCUCAACGAGAAACCCUUCUUCAACGAGCCUGGUGUCGAUGGUUUUGCGAGUCUCAUCAUGAUGAACUUGGAGAAGAAGUCACGCCUCUACAACGAGGGCGCGUAUUUCAGAACUUGCAAAACCUCGUACCAGCUGCUUCGGAGGCCACCUCGGAACUUCGAAGACUUCGUCAAAUCCCACUUUCGCGAGCGAGGGGAUCACAUAAUCAAGGCGACCAGGGAGUACACGAGUGGGCGCGUGAGGAUCGGGUAUUACUCCUGCCAGUCGGCUCCGUCUUCUUCGUCGGGGGUGCCCGUUUCGUGGGAGUUCAAGCGCUGGAUGAAGGACUUUUCCCCUGAUUUUUUUCACGCGCUUCGACGGAACGCUGGUUCUCUUUCGAACAGCGGCGGUGCUGGUUUUUCGUGUAUGGUGGAUUACUUUUUUGUCCGGUCGGAUAGCGCCGAUGAAGAUCGCACCGAUGGCGAGGAAUCCCCAAACAAAGGAUUCUUCAAAACGGUUAUGGAUAGGAUAAAAAAGUCUUUCGGAUUGAAGAAAACUGCAAAAAAAGAAUAAAUGAAGGGGAUGAUGGUAUAGUUUGUAGGUA